AUGGCCCUCGUAGGAACCCUUCUAUUCUGCACAGCCUGCGGCAGCAUUCUCGACCGCCAUGCACCAGACCAUAACUUAAUAAAAUGCUCCAUAUGCUCAACCCUAAACAAAAACAACUGGCCCGCCUCCCAAAGAACCACCAGUGCACCUGACGCAUUCCCCUCUCGCCUUGUAGACAAGCGCUCAAAUGUCCAAAUACUCACAGCUGAAGAUCGCGACACCUGGGCUAAGACGCAAAAGAGUUGUCCCAAGUGCGAACAUGGCGAGUUGAAGUAUCGCGAUUUGCAGACGAGGGGGGCGGAUGAGGGUAGUACUAUCUUNUACAAGUGUCCUGCUUGUGAGUAUGGGUAA